UUUGGAGAAUGGAUUUUUGGGAGGGUAUUCCAGUUUGCAAUCUUCCAUACAUAAUCGAUUCUCUUGGGUUCAAAGAUGCCACGUUCAUCUAACUUUAUGUCAGCAUUAAAAGAUCAGAAGGGAGGUUGGAGAACCUAUUUGCGUGGUGGUCCAUUUUGUAUAGCUUCUAUUUUAAUUUUCGGACUAUGUCUAUGGACCAUUUUGAUAGCACAACACAAUAAAGAGAAAUUGUUUAAGAGUUUACGAGGAAAUCCCUCAAGAUCCAUUACAUGCGAGAAUCAGUGCAGACCUUUAGGAAGUGAGACUUUGCCGAAAGGUAUAGUUGCAAAUACCUCAAACUUGGAAAGACGGCCACUUUGGGGUUUACCAGAGGUCGGUAUGGUGAGGCCUGAGGAAGCUGUGUUUGGCAACGAAGCCCUAAAUGAAGUGAGGGCUAGUUGUUCGUCGAAUCCUCGCCGUGGUCGACGACGGCCGUGCGUAGCUUGCGGUUGCCACAGUUGUGGAAAUUUGCGGAGCCCUCGGUAUGAAGUGGGCUUCGAGAUGGAUCUAAGAGGGGGCGUGAAGCCGCUUUUUCUGAGAAGGUUCUGGCUCAGAAGACAGAGCGACUGGAUCUGUAUCCUUGCCUCAAGUUUACUGCGACUAAUAAGGAUGGGUAGUCGUAUUCUAAGAUAUGAUUGUGGAUUUAGAUCCAUUCAUCAGGCCAAUCCCUUAGGGAAUCAUUGGGCCUCGAGAGAUAUUAGACUGGAAUUCUCUACCAACGAUGACGGGGGCCACUAG